AUGACUUCCGAAGAGGAUCUCGCCUGGUUUCAAUCGACCUUCCGUCCGAUUCCCAAACCAGAGCUUCCGGAUGAUGCGGUCGAAUACUCUAUCCACUACAUUCCAUCUUCCCCCGCCCCCGCCAGCGAUGAAGCUGCCGAGACUCGGGCGCGUUUGCUCGAAGUCCAGCGCACCGCGGCGGAAUUAACGAAGGACUUGCUCAAAGACUAUAUCUGGCAGCGUGAAGCUUUUCGAUUGGAAAUUACCAAGGAAGAUGGAAUCACCUCGCUACAAGGUCGCACGAAUUACGGCGAUUCCAUUGAGGAUGAAUGGGUCAUUGUGUACUUCCUGCGCGAAUUGACCAAGCGUCAUAAAGAUAUCUGGGUGAAAGUCAUGGACAGCGAUGGGGAAUUCCUGCUCAUCGAGGCCGCCGGAACACUUCCUGCCUGGAUCGAACCAGAUGUUGCAGACAACAGGGUUUGGAUUCAUCAGGGCGACCUCCGCAUCAUCAAGCCGAAAGAAGAGACGAAACGACAAGUCACCGAGAAACUAUGCCUACUCGAUGCACGGAAGAUCCUUCGAGAUGAACCUAGUCGUCUGAUGCGAUCAACAAUCAUUCAAGAAGAAGCCUUCUUCCGUCUACGCAAGUAUCCACAGCAGAUCAGUGACAACCUUCACUCUGCGGUUAUCACUAUUCCCCGCAAGGUUGCAUUCCUGUUGCAUCAGAAGCCCGCAUACAUCUCGCCUGCCGUGGAAGCAUUCUAUGUCCGCGAUCCGAUUGCACUACGGCCACUCAAGGCGAAGGAUGCCUCUGGUCUCGUUUUCAACCCCGAUGAUCUCGUCACAGUCAGUGUCCGUUUUACUCGUGUCGGAUAUGCACAAAUUAAAAGCCAAGAAUUCCCCGCGCCAAGCUCAUGGGCAGGGAAGAUGCCAUCAUCUGAGGAUCAGAAGUUGUAUGAUCGCGCAGAGGCGGGAAUGAAAUUGGCUUGCGGUAUGGAGAUGCUGCUUGCCGACCCCCAGAACCAGGAUAAACCCGCGGUCCGGGAAAUGAAGCUUCUUCUCGAGGAUGUGGAGACGGGCGAUGAAGCCCUUCCCACUGAUAAGGAGAUCGAGGAAUCCUGGGACAAGCGUGAGGAUGACGAGAAGUGGCUGAACAUCAACUUUGAAGAUUUGGAAACCGAGCUCAAAGGAAAAGGUCAAGGCAAAUCAGCGGAGGCCGGUGACUUCGGUGACUCUGGAGCUCAGGAAAACCUGCAACGCAUUGUUGCUCGCUUUGAGGAGUUCUUGAACGACAACUCAGCAGGCUUUGAUGGUGCUGACUUCGUCGAUGACUUUGAGACUGAUUCUGAUGUGGAUGACGAGGAAGACGAAGAUCCUGAUAGUGAGGGAGAAGAUAAAGAUGCUUCUUUCAACGAGGAGGAAUUCUCCCGCAUGAUGAAAGAAAUGAUGGGCAUGCCAUCAUCAUCAGAUUCCAUCCGCAAGCGAGUUGAAGAGCUCGACUCGGAUGGAGAGGAUGACACAGAGCAGAUCAAGGAGCUUACUCGGCGCAUGGAGGCCGAAUUGCAAGGGACGGGGAUCCUUGAUCUAAAGCAACGUCAGCAGGAUCUGACUCCUGGAGCCAGUGCCCAAGGCAAAGCCAGCACCUCGAAGUCAGACGACGUGGAUGAAGACGACAACAUUAAUAUCAACCUUGCCAAGAACUUGUUGGAGAGUCUCCAAGGCCAAGGGGGUGUGUCUGGUCCCGCCGGCAAUAUGUUAUCGAUGAUGAACAUGCGCAUGCCCAAGGAUGACCGCCCUUGA